GCUGCUGCACCAGCCUCGUGACCUCCUUCCUUCCGAAGCAAACACGAGGGCGUACGACGACGACGACGACUUCCCCUCCCCCGCGGCAGAGCUUUCUCCCCUUUCCCCUCUCCCCGUUCCCCAACUCAAAUCCCAGACCAUCACCCGAUCCCAUCCCGUCUCCGGCGACCCCGAGCUGCGCUGCCACGCGCAGCUGCUGAGAGAGGCGACGCAGCCACCACGCCACGACCACGGCCAUGGACGAGGGCUACGCCAACCUCCCCACCAGCCACCUGCUCGGCUCGGUCCCCGCCGUGACUCCCGAGGACAGGAAGCCCGGUGUCGGUGGCCCCGCCGCCCAAGAUGCUGCUUCCACCUCGCGGUUGCAGGAGUUCCCGCCUGCUCUUGGUGGUAAUGGAGGGGGGUAUCGGCCUCCAGGCGUCCCUGCAGAUGGAGAUGUAGAAAACCAAGCAAAUUGGAAAGGAUACUUCAAUGUUGCAUCUUACGCUCCAUACUUCAAUGUUGAUACUGAUGUAGUAGUUGACAGGCUUGUCAGUUCUGUUUAUCCAAUGGAUGGUUUUUUCAGGAAGAUUGAUGCUAAUCCUGACAUGUAUGGGCCCUUAUGGAUCACCACUACUCUGAUAUUCAUGCUAGCUGCGUUCGGUAACUUUGCCACUUAUCUUAUGCAAACGAAAAAGGAUCUGGACAUAUGGAACUUUGAUGUUGGUUAUUUCAAUUGGGCGGCAUCAGUCAUGUAUGGUUAUGCUAUCAUUGUGCCCGCUGUAUUCUUUUUCCUGUUUCAGUAUUUUGGAUCACGCCCAAGUCUUGUUCGAUUUUGGUGUAUGUGGGGCUAUUCUCUGUUUGUCUUCAUACCGGCAUCUGUACUUUUGCUCAUUCCUGUGGAAUUUCUUCGGUGGGUCAUCAUAGCUCUUGCUGGUGGUGCAUCAUCUUGGUUCAUCGCUUUAAACUUGAAGGAAUGCACGGGAAGUGCUGAUAUGAUGGUUUUGAUAGCCAGUGCAGCAGUGCUGCAGUUUGUUCUGGCACUGUUCAUCAAGGUUUUCUUUUUUGCCUGAGAUUUUCUUGUUGAUUUUGCUAAGGCGAGCUGAUGUGCUCUUUGUCGACAUCAUGUUUUGGCAAACAUCUUUUAAAGGACAAGGCGGACUAGUUUUACCCGACAAUUUGACUUACAUAUUGACGCUGGAUUGCUAAGCCUCAGGCAUUGUGCAAUUUAAAAUGUCUAAUUUGCAAGUUCUUUUCUUUUCAACUCUUGCUCGUGUAGUCACAGAAUUUUACUGCUUGCCCCGGUACAAAGUUACUGCGUUUGUCACUUAAAGAUGUACUUUAUGAACUUUGUACAACUUGUACGCACAAUAACAUUCUCUGUCUUCUCACGUUGGUAAGUAAGAAUACGCACAGUUUGUACU